AAAAUAUUCUUUCCCUUCUUAAACCUGAAUCUAAUUUUUCUACUUCAAGUAAUCAACAAGAUACAUUUCCAUCAAGUCCCUUUGUAUUAUAUAUCAUUUUAAAACUUAAUCAAAUUAAUUUAGAUUUUUCUCAAAUACAAAUUAACGAAAAUACUAAUUCUUUAUUAGAUGAAAAAUUUGUUUAA